UUUGUCCAGGGUCACAGAAUAAGCAUCAGAAGUGUUAUUAUGGGAUGGCCUUGGAGACAUGAGAAUCAGCUGCUAUGGCACUAGGGAAGGAGUGAGUCCAUAUCAGACAUCUUGCGACCCAGAAUGGAAGAAGAAGAAAAAAAGAUUGUAGCUAAUGAGGCUUGGGUCACAAAAGUGAUAAUAAUGGUUGGAGGUAGCACUAGGAAAGGCUGAGGUCUUGCAGAAAAGUUGUGAAUGCAAAGGGCUGCUUUCCAUCGACAAGGUAUCUUUGUAGGCAUUGUUUCCAUGGUGUCCUUCUAAUAUUGGGUGGGGCUGGAAGACCUGUGGAAGUUUGCCUCCUAAGUUCAGAGGUGAAAUGAAUUCAAUUGUCAAAAAGGUAGUCUCAAGCAAAACAUCAUUCUCUGAAUCAUCUCCUUUGUUACAGGAUUAAAAAAAAACACUCCAAAAAGCCACUACCCACCCUGAAACACAGAAAGGCAACUGGGCUUUAGGGAAACAGGAGUGUCAUUGGCAUGGACCUUGAGGGUGGGGAAGGGAGGAGGAGCCAUCUCCAUGGAAGGUGUAUAAAAGAGGCCCUGUUUUAGGGAAGAGUCACAUACUCUUGGGUCUAGCUCAAUCUGAACAAAAGCCUAACCCAGGUUCUCUAGCUGCUAUAGCCAUGAGUUGCCGUCUUCAGUCCUCAUCUUCUGCUUAUGGAAGUGGUUUUGGUGGUGGCUCUUGCCAACUGGGAGGAGGUCGGGGUAUGUCUAGCUGCUCAAGUAGGUUUGUAUCCUCUGGCUCAGUGGGAGGCUAUGGUGGUGGAAUAAGCUGUGGUUUUGGUGGAGGAUCUGGUAGUGGUUUUGGUGGGGGCUUUGGUGGUAGUGCUGGAGGUGGAUAUGGAGGAGGCUUCGGAGGAAGCUUUGGAGGUGCCUUUGGUGGUGGCUUUGACUUGGGUGGUGGAGAUGGCGGGCUCUUGACUGGCAAUGAGAAGAUCACCAUGCAGAACCUCAAUGACCGCCUGGCCUCCUACCUGGACAAAGUACGGGCUCUAGAGGAGGCCAAUGCUGACCUGGAGGUCAAGAUCCGGGAUUGGCAUCUAAAGCAAAGCCCCACAAGCCCCGAGCGGGAUUACAGCGCCUUUUACAAGACCAUUGAGGACCUCCAGGAAAAGAUCCUGACAGCCACUAUUGACAACUCUCGGGUCGUUCUGGAGAUUGACAAUGCCAGGCUGGCUGCUGAUGACUUCAGGCUCAAGUAUGAGAAUGAACUGGGCCUGCGCCAGAGUGUGGAGGCUGAUAUCAAUGGCCUGCGCAGGGUGCUGGAUGAGCUGACCCUCUCCAAGGCUGACCUGGAGAUGCAGAUCGAGAGCUUGAAUGAGGAACUGGCCUUCCUCAAGAAGAACCAUGAAGAGGAAAUGAAGGAAUAUAGCAACCAGGUGGUGGGCCAGGUCAACGUGGAGAUGGACGCUACCCCUGGCAUUGACCUGACCCGUACACUGGCUGAAAUGAGAGAGCAGUAUGAGGCCUUGGCAGAGAAGAACCGCAGGGAUGCCGAGGCCUGGUUCCAACAGAAGAGUGAAGAGCUGAACAAGGAGGUCACUACUAGCACUGAAAUGAUCCAGACCAGCAAGACUGAGAUCACAGAACUGAGACGCACUCUCCAGGGGCUGGAGAUCGAGCUGCAGUCUCAGCUCAGCACAAAAGCCGGGCUGGAGUCUACUGUGGCAGAGACAGAGUGCCGCUAUGCCAUGCAGUUGCAACAAAUCCAGGGGCUAAUCAGCAGCAUUGAGGCCCAGCUGAGCGAUCUCCGUAGUGAGAUGGAAUGCCAGAACCAGGAAUACAAGAUGCUGCUGGACAUCAAGACACGGCUGGAGCAGGAGAUUGCCACAUACCGCAGCCUGCUGGAGGGCCAGGACUCCAAGAUGACUGGCUUCCCCACUUCUGGAACAACCUCUGUCAGCAGCAGCAGCAGCAGCACUAACAUUUCUUCUGGGAGCCGCCGGGUUUCCGACACCAGAAAGCCAUAAAUCUGCCCAGCCUUUGGCCCCCUCCUCUCUCCAACAGUCACUACACAUGAGAAGUCAAGAGGAAUGAAACAUGCUAGGCUUCUGACCAGAGAGCUCAGCCCACCCAAGUCCCUCCAGUCACUGUCCCUGGUCACUCACCCUAGGAGCGCUAAAGAUGAGGGCUCUUCUCUUAGUCAGCUGCUUCUCCCACCUCACUGUGAUUGUGUGACUGUCAUUGUGAUGUGCCUUUUCAGGAAAGGGGAGGGCAUUCUUCCAUCUCUCUCUCUCUUUCUCUCUUUCCCUCUCUCUCAUGUUUCAUGAAAUGAAAGUAAUUCAAUAAAGGUUUCCCGCUGUUUCUGCAAAUGUA